AUGUGGCCCCCAGACCCGGAGCCCGACCCAGACCGCGAGCCCGCUGGCCGCUCCCAGCCCCGCGCGGCCCUUCCCGGGUUCCGCUCCCUCCUGCCGGCGCGCGCCUUCCUCUGCUCGCUCAAAGGCCGCCUCCUGCUGGCGGAGACGGGUCUCUCCUUCAUCACCUUCGUCUGCUAUGUGGCAUCCUCAGCAUCCGCCUUCCUCACGGCGCCCCUGCUGGAGUUCCUGCUGGCCCUCUGCUUCCUCUUUGCUGAUGCCAUGCAGCUGAACGACAAGUGGCAGGGCUUGUGCUGGCCCAUGAUGGACUUCCUACGCUGUGUCACAGCGGCCCUCAUCUACUUUGCCAUCUCCAUCACAGCUGUGGCCAAAUACUCGGACGGAGCUUCCAAAGCAGCCGGAGUGUUUGGCUUCUUUGCCACCAUCGUGUUUGCAAUUGACUUCUACCUGAUCUUUAACGAUGUGGCCAAAUUCCUCAAACAAGGGGACUCCGCAGAUGAGACAGCAGCUGACAAGGCGGAAGAAGAGAAUUCCGGCUCUGACUCCGACUGA